AUGCUGGUGUCUCCACAGGCAGAGAGGAACUGGGAGGGUCUUUGUUCAGUGCUUGAAGAUGUUUUGGAGCCACAGUCCCACAGGCAGUUGUUCGCCUUAGAGCUGGGCUCCGGAACUGGGCAGCAUGUCAUACGGUUUGCCCAGAAGAUGCCUUUUGUCACAUGGCAGCCGUCAGACAUCAAAGAAGAGUCUCGGGACAGCAUCAAGGCAUAUAUUGCUGCAACCCAUGCAAAAACUGUGCUGCAGCCUAUCCACUUGGAUGCCAAUGAACCGUGGGAGAAAUGGGCAGGCCUUUCUCAAAACUCCUGUGAUGUCAUUAUUGCCAUUAACCUACUGCAGUACAGCUCCUUCCAGACUGCACAGAGUGUUUUCAGUGGAGCAGGUCAGAUCAUCAAACAAAACGGCCUUUUGAUAACAUAUGGGGUGUAUGCGAGUAAUGGCAUUAUUACACCAAGUUGUAAUGAGCUGCUGGAUGAAGAGCUUCGGAAAAUAAACCCAGAGUGGGGUCUUCCAGACCUUGAUGUGCUCAGACAGCUGGCCUACAGCAACGGGAUGCGGAUGGAGAGAAUGAUUGACAUGGAAGAAUGCUACAAAUGCCUCAUCUUCAGAAAACUUUAA